AUGUUUGAGGCCCUUACCGCGGCGAUGAAGGCUUCUUCGGGGCCCCCGUACCUAGAUGUCUGGCGCCAGACCAUCCAGGAGUUAUUUGCGCUGGAAUUUGCCCGCCUUCCAGUCAGCUUCGACGCGUUGCCGGCCGAACGCAAACGGUAUCCCAAGCUCACAAGUACCGAGCUGGUGAGUUUGCUGGAUUUGUUUAAGCAAUGUUUUGUUGUGACAUCCGGCCGCUACGUCGACUGGACCCGUUUAGCCCACCAGAUCAGUAAGGAGAUCCUCGUCACGAAGUGGGCGUUCAAAGAAAUCUUGCGCAAGCUGGCCAGCCGACAGAAAUGGGCUGUGGCUCCAAUCCCGCGGCUGUGGUCUCAAGUCGUGCAGACAGGCAGUGCUGCUGCACCUGCCAGUACGACAGGCCAGCAGCGUCCCGUGUUCGAUGACUUUAUGUUUGAUCCGGCACAUUUUUCGGAGGAAGAGACGACCACGCUCCGAGCCAUUUGCGCAACGCGCCUUAACUUGACAGGUACUCACCGUCUGCGCGAGGGUACAGAUGAUGAAUGGCGCAUCAUCAUUGGGAUUGCGGAAGGGCUUAUUGCCUGUCGUCGGCUGCCUGAUUUUCUCAAUUCUGUCUUCGACAGCGACGAGCGGCUUCGGUUGUGUCGGACUGUUCAGGCGCAGGUCGAGGGACAGUUAGUCUUACAACUUAGACAUGGUCGUGAUAUCCCAAUUGGACGCCGGACGACCCACGCUAUUACGGAGAAGAUUUUGGAAUCGGCGGAAAUCUUGCGGGUCUGCUUGCCGGAUCUUCACCGUUUCCUCGGGUUGGCCAAGACGAUAAGCUACAAUCGUUCUACCCGUUCAAUCCACUUCUAUUUCUUUACGCGAGCCAUUGCUAAGGCGCACCAGGAUGUCGUAGUGCCUUUUCAGGGGAGGGCGUACACGCUCGAGAAUGUUCAUCACCCGGUCAGGGGCUCGGUCUGGUUGAAUCAGCGGGGACCAGACGGGCGGUCGAGCCACCCUCGGGCAGCGUACACCAUUUUGCUGUAUAAUCUCACCCGGUUUGAUGAUAUUGGGCGCAUUGCUGCCUACCUCCGCUCCAAGAUACCAACGGAUUUUGAGCUGGAGGAUAUGGAUACCUGCACCCCGAACUCACGUACGUCCACUGCCUGGAAAGUCACCUUUCAUCUGGCGGGUUGCCCGACCUUUCUCCAAGGAGUAGUCAGACUGCUUUGGUUUGGGACCCCCAUUAUCGUCCGGCAUCCGGACGUGGGCCGUCGCCUCCAAUGUUUGCAAUGUGGUACGCUAGGCCACCCGGCGUCGAGGUGUCAGUUUACUGAUGCGCAGUUGCGGGGGGCCGGGCGGGCUGGAGGUCCACGAAGCCGAGCUUUUAGCUGUUGA